CAUUCUUCCAUCGAGAUGCAUCCCAAUCUCUUCCCAACCAUCGCUCUGUCGAUGGUGAUAACAACCUUGUGCUUGAUCCACUUCCCAUCAUCUUCGUACGCAGAUGAUGAGCAAUACCUAAACUGCAGCCAACCAUUUGAUUGUGCGGGCAUUGAGGGCCUCAGUUAUCCUUUCUGGGGAUCAAAUAGGCCAAGCUAUUGUGGCCACCCCUCUUUUGAGUUAAACUGUAGCAGUAACGCUCCACUCAUCAAAAUCACCUUCAUGAAUUAUCGAGUCCUUCAAGUCAAUAACGUGUCGCAGACUCUCCAGGUUGCUAGAGAGGAUUACUGGAACACCCUUUGUCCUUCUACAAUUGUUAAUACGACUAUCGAUUCCAUCGUCUUUGGUUAUGCUUCAGCUGUGGCGAACCUGACGCUCUACUAUGAUUGCCCUACUUCUCCUGUUACAAUUUCGAUGACCGAUAUUACUCAGUUUGAUUGCUCCAUAAACGGAAGCGAUGCUAACAACUACUAUUCUAACAAUACCAUUGCGAACUCGAUUGAUAGCUCAUUUGGGUCAUGCGCCUACAACGUUAAAGUUCCAGUUCUGCAAUCGCAACCUGGGAGCGGCAAUUCAAGUGCACUGAAAGAAGCUAUCGAUGGCGGCUUCAUAUUGGGCUGGAACGCAUAUAACAGUUUGUGUGAUGGAUGUAAAGCGACCGGUGGACAGUGUGGGUACAACACAAGCACGAGCGAAUUCGCUUGCCAUUGUGCAAAUGGAACUUUCCCAUCCACUUGUCCGUUAACAGCAACAGACAGUAAAGGUUCUAAUAAGGCAGGCCUUGUCAUAGGCGUUGCCGUAGGAACGGUGGGCAUUGCUGCCGUAUUUCUAGGUUGUUUGGUCUUUGCCGUCAGACAGCGGAGGGAAAAACUUGCCAAUGAAUCUCAAAGCAAAGACCUGCCCACACCUCCUUCAAGCAAAGCCUUUCCAGUUUCUUCAACUAAUUUCUCUCGAAGCACCCCCCCAUCUUAUCCCUCCUCGAAGUUGGAUCUUGAAAGGGGAAGCACGUACUUCGGAGCUCAUAUCUUCAGCUAUGAAGAACUGGAAGAAGCCACUAACCGUUUUGACCCUUCUAGACAACUUGGAGAUGGAGGCUUUGGCACUGUUUACUAUGGCGAGCUGCAUGAUGGGCGUGUAGUUGCAGUGAAGCGCCUAUACGAAAACAAUUUCAAACGCGUUGAGCAGUUCAUGACUGAAGUCGAGAUCCUAACUCGCUUACGGCACCCAAAUCUUGUGCUGCUCCACGGCUGCACCUCAAAACGUAGCCAAGAACUUCUCCUUGUUUACGAAUACAUUUCUAAUGGAACUGUCUCUGAUCAUCUCAACGGAAACCGGUCGAGUUCCGCUUUAAUGACUUGGCCAGUUCGGUUGAGCAUAGCCAUAGAGUCAGCCGAGGCACUGGCCUACCUCCAUGAAUCGGAUGUUAUCCAUCGCGAUGUCAAAACCACCAAUAUUCUCCUGGAUGAUAAGUUCCGUGUGAAAGUGUCUGAUUUUGGUUUGUCACGGUUGUUCCCAACGGAUGUCACGCAUGUGUCAACUGCUCCACAAGGAACACCUGGGUAUGUUGAUCCAGAGUAUUACCAGUGCUACCAGCUCACUGACAAAAGCGACGUUUAUAGCUUUGGAGUGGUGUUGGUCGAGCUUAUAUCGUCGUUGCCGGCUGUGGACACCAAUAGACACCGGCACGAUAUAAACCUGGCCAACAUGGCAAUCAACAAGAUUCAGAAUCACGCAUUGCACGAGUUGGUCGAUCCGUCUCUUGGGUUCGAAAAGGAUUACGAUGUAAGGAUGAUGACGACGUCAGUGGCAGAACUGGCUUUUCGGUGUUUGCAGCGGGAGAGGGAAAUGAGGCCUAGCAUGGAUGAAGUGGUGGAAGUUUUGAGAGGAAUCAAGAACGAAGAGAUUGGAGUACAGAAAGCAGAAGUGGUGGAUAUUAGUGCAGAUGAUGUCGGGCUUUUGAAGAACAUUCCUCCCCCGCUUUCACCAGAUUCAUCUGUGAAACGGGCUAGCAGCUCUACUACACCCAAUUCCUUCUAGCGCUUGAGAUUUCCCCCAACUCUACAGUAGAUGGUGAAUACCAUCUUGAUCUUAUAGUAGGCUAUGGUGCAGUACCGGUGAUUGUUCCCCGGGUUAAUGGGGUUCAUAUGUUAUUAGAUAGCU